AUGAUGGGCUUCUCAAGUCACCACCGCAACUUAUCGCCUACUGGUGGACGACAUCUCGUGGCUGGCCCACGAGCGUCGACCGGGAUGGUGCAGUUGGCAUCAUCAGUCGACCCUUACGAGGCACCACGAUUUCGUCAUGAAUAUGACGACCCUUAUUACUACCCCUCGGAUGUUGGAUACUCCAGCACCUACCGCCACCAUCCCCGGCACCGCUCCACGAUUGAUGCCCAGCCUAUUUCCACACAAAAGUAUCAUGAUUCGCGCCAUUUGCCCAAAAAGAGGACCGAAUAUGCUAUCCAGCCUCAAUCAAGACAUCGCAGCCACACUGCCUCUGGCACGGACUUAUACGGAUCUCCCCCAGUAAUUAAUGUGGCUUCCUCCUCUUCUUCACAUUUGCGCCCAGUGAUCAGCUCCCCUCGAGGCAAUCGUUCUCCGAGUCCCCUCCCCUCGGAUUCGAACCACUACCUCAUGCCAGCCUCGGCGCACUCUGGCUCCCACCAUCGUCGUGGAUUCAGCACCGACUACGCCAGUGACACAGGUCAUCGGGAUUCGCGGGACGGUGCGAGACGCCGGACGAGCCGUCAUCACGGCGCGGACCGCGUUCAUCCUCCGCCAGGUCGGCGGCGAUACCCGCCAUAUGAUGGGCUUAAGAAGGGUGGCGAUAUUGAUGACUAUGAUGCCUAUUCUUACACUACUCCGCGAGAACAGUUUGAUCGAGACUACCCCGUCCAGCCACGUCAUUCAGGAAUCCGAUCGUCGAUCGAGAGACCCAUGAGCAUGAACUUGGCGGAGGAUCUUCCACAGUGGAUGGGGCGCUCUAAAGAUCCUCGCCACCAUGGGCCGCCUCCAACUUCGAGAGGAUUAGACAAGCUGGAUCGCGAAGGUCGACCUCGAGUCCCUCCUCGCAACGCCGAUGACCGUCGGGAUGCAUCUCGACCGCGAGGAGGACAUGAUCGUGCCCUAGUGCCAUUGCCCCGUGAAUCUGAAGAUGGCUAUGAUUCCUACAGCGACGCUCACCAUCGCCGCCGCCGCCAUCACCGUAGACCCCGACGAGAGGGAGACCGUCGCCAUCCGGAUGAUCAGUCCCCACGACGACAUAAUGGGAUGAGCGAGCGGGCUCUCGCUCUCGGAGGCCUCGGAACCGCGGCUCUGGGCAGUGGUUACUCUGAUGUGUCAGACUACGAUCACCAACCGACCCGACGCCACCGGAGACGCCCACGUGAGGAUGAUAGGGACUAUGAUUCUGCUCAGCCGCUCUCUCGUGAGAACCCAGACAGCGCUGUCUCUGGCCCCGAAAGAAGCAAACAGCUAUAUCUGGAACCUGCCGAUGCCCACCGCCACCGCAGCCGUUCACGACGACGACAUGGCGGGCGACGCUCUGAGAGUGAUGAUGACAGCUACUCGGAUGAUGAUGACCUUCGCAAAUAUCGGCGUGAACCGUCCGCAGCACCUCGUCGGAGCCGACACAGCAGUACGGAUACCAGCAGCACUGAUGAUCACGUAUCAAGGCGCCCACGCGAUCGCUCACACCACCGCUCUCGCUCCCAAAGGAUGCUAGAAGAUAGCCAUUCCACCGACAAGCGUCGUUCUCCUCCUGUUGACAUGAAAGAAGACGUGCGCAAACCCGUUGCUGUUGAGCCCGCCGCUCCCAAGGAGCCCGAGGCAGCCCCGAAGAGUAUUCUCAAGCCUCCUCGCAAGAGCUUCCCGGAGGAGCCCAACCCGAUCCGAGAGGGCGUGGCUCCUCUCAAAGAUGCCAACAAGAAUGGCAUCCCGCCGGGGGCACGAUGGACCAAGAUUGACCGGCGGCUGGUCAACCCGGAGGCUUUGGAUGCAGGGAACGAGCGGUACGAGGAGCGGUCGGACUAUGUGAUCGUUUUGAGGGUCUUGAACAAGGAGGAAAUCCAGGCAUACGCUGAAAAGACACAAGAGAUACGAGGUAAGCAUUCUAACAACCCGGAGAUCGAGAAAGCUGGGUAUCAAGGCACAAUUGACUCACUCAAUGUUGCUUUAGACAUCCGUCACAAGGAGCAAAUGCGCGAAAAGCGUCAACGCAUUGAAGAUAGCCAGCGACAUGGUCACCGCGGCGAAGAAUCUUCUAGUGACGAUGAAGAUGAGGAAGAGGAUGAAGAGAAAGAGAAGAGGCAGAGCGAGUACCCGCGCGAGCAGUUGCCUCCGAAGAAGAUUGAGCCGCCACCUUUCCCAGUGCCUAACAGUUCUCUGCCGAUGCGACCUCGCCCGUCAAGCAACUCCCCUCCAUUGCCCGAACGGCCCAAAGCGAACCAUUUUGCUGCGCCGGCGUAG